AUGGAGCAGAUCUCACUCUACUACAGAGAGAAAGCAUGGUCCUACAUACCCUGCAACGCAGUGAGCCCCUACCACGAUCUCCGUUGCGGCCACCGCAUUGCAACGAAAACCAUCGAGCCCUGCGGGAGCAACUGCACCCAUCCAGACCAAAACUUCCCCUUCAUCUGCCCGACGUGUAUUAUCUGGCAGGUAGUAUUAGGCCUAGGGCUCGAAGAGGAACAAGACGAGAACGAGCCGCCGAUCGCCCAGCUGGAGUGUCUAACCAUGGAGGAUGUUGCUGAGCCUACGACCCCGACCGCCGGUGCGUCAAAGGUAGACUGCAAGGUGGCGGCGAUCGCGGGGGAGGAGAUUCAGCGGCUGAGGAAACAGCAUUUUCGGGAUGCUGGCGCUACUGCGCGAGUGUGUGGCAUUGCGCAGUUCCUGAGGGACUUCCCGGAGGCAGUCUGUCGGCCGAGGAAGGAGGCGCCCAGAAUGCAGGAUGUGCUUGACUUGCUGGGAGCCUUGGGUAUCGAGGAGUAUCCGGAGGUUGACGAGCUGGGCGAGAUAUUGAAUGCGCUGUCGACGAAUGCGGGCGGUUCGUAG